AGGAGUGGAAAAUAAGGAUAACACCAGUGCAAUUAUUAUCUGACCAGGGCAAAGUAUUGUGUGGUCGUGUCGGCAUCCUUUGGCAGAGUUGACGAAACUUGAAAGCAUUUACAAACUUAAAAAUCAUCCAAUUCGUAUUUAAAAACUCGAAAAACUUACAGCUCAUUUGUGAAAGUGAAGCUAAUAGAUAUUCUAUCGUUCCACUCGGACACACUAUGUUUCAAUGUGGUGCAAUCAGUCCAUUGCCGAUCUUAUCGUAUAUAACAGCCUCCAUCUCAGGUGUGCUAUGUCUUAUAACCGUACCUGGCAAUUUAUUAAUAUGCAUGGCUGUUUACAUUGAUCCCUACCAUCGGCUACGUACACCUUUCAACAUAGUCGUGGCAAAUUUAGCGUUUGCUGAUUUGAUAGUUGGCUGCAUCACGGAACCCUUGUCAGUGUAUUUACAUAUCAAAGAAGGUCUUGGGCGAGAGAUAACUGUAGUCGAAAUUCGUGCAAUACAUCUCUCGUACUUUAUUUCAUGCACCGCCUCAGUGCUAAGCAUAUCCUUGCUGGCUUUGGAACGAUACAUGUCCAUAUCGUACAGCUUUAAGUAUAAAUUGUACUUCAAAGUGAGACGAUUUGUACUGGUUUCCGUCAUAGUAUGGUUGGUUGCUGUAGGCUUGUCAACAGUAUACAUUCUCACAAAUUACGUGUUUUAUACCUUUGUUUUUAUAAAUAUCGCGGUUUUUUGGACACUGGGUGUGACAACGUUUUGCUAUGUUAAAAUUCUAAGAAAAUUAAAGAAGGUUGAGAAAAGAAUGAAAAAGUCAACCGUCAUUGGUAAUACAAAUCCAAUUCUGGAAAACGUAUCUCCUCUAAGCAAGCCUUAUGUUGUCAAAGUCAAAGAAAAUGUAACUACUUAUUUGCAGGACAAGCAAAGAGGCGUUACCAACAAUGAAUCCAAUAUGAAAAGAGGAGGCAGUCAAAUUGAAGAAAAUAUUAACGGAAAGGAAUCAUGUUCAUCUGAACUUGGACAUAGCAGUAGCUAUGAAAUCGAGGCUGACAACAUAACUAAUUCAUCGAUAGAAAACGAUAAAGGCGUUAACAACAGCGAAUCCAAUGCUGGUUUCGACCCCAAUGAAGAAAAUGUUCACGAAAAAGAUUCACCCAACCAAAUCGAAGAAAGUGGCCAAAAUUCAGCCUUACCUCAACUUGGGGAUGAUCAUUGCUUUCGCAAAAUCAAGAAAGAGUCUAAUGGUGAUGAGAGAAUUGAUACGAACCAAGAAAAUACACCCGAAAAGGAUUCGGCCUUUCUCCAACUUGGGACUGCUCAUGACGUUUGUAAAACCAACGUAGCAACAUACAAUGAGCAGACAAGCAACAAGUACAACAUCUUGGUAACAAAAACAUACAUCAUUGUAUCGCUAAUAUUUUUAGCUUGUUACAUUCCAGCUUUAUUGAUAAUCUACACAAUGAACUGGUGUCACACUUGCAGUUGUACUGCGAUACACAUUAUGAGGGAUUUGCAGUUUAUCAUCGUAAUAGUCAACUCUUCAGUCAAUCCUUUUCUCUACUCGAUUCGUUUUCCACAUUUUCGACGAGCUAUUUCCAAAAUACUGCAAGAUAUAAGAGACGAAGUGCUUUACUAAACUACUGUAUACUUUUGAUGAGAGGAAGCUCUGUGUGGAAAUACGGUGCCAGCUUG